CGUUAACAAACACUGUACUCAUUGAAAGCAAAGCACGCCACACGUGUUUUUUUAUUUACUGCGACAAUUUAUUGAAUUUUCUCACAAAAAUGUAUCUCAUGUACACAAUCAACGAAAGCGGCAACCGCGUCUACACGCUGAAGAAGCGCACCGAGGACGGCCGUCCGACCUUGUCAGCACAUCCAGCCCGUUUCUCGCCGGAAGACAAGUACUCACGCCAGCGCAUUACCAUCAAGAAGCGCUUCAGUCUGCUGCUCACCCAGAAGCCAGAACCAGUGUACUAAGUCUGAGUUUACGUUUAAUUAGGGUACAUGUGUAUUUACAAAUAAGUUGCAACAUUUUCAAUGAACUAAACAAAUUACUUUCAAA